AAGCAAUAACGAGGAACAGCAGCAGAAACUUUACUUCUAUGUUCAAACAACAAAGGUUAUCAAUAUGGAUGGAGGAUUAUCUGGUAUAAAGCCAGCAGCUGACGAAAUUCAGAAGAUUUGUGACACGGUGCAGAGUGAAGUGGAGGACGAGACAAAUAAAACCUACAGCGAGUUCAAAGCGACUGAAUAUCGACAACAGAUUGUAGAAGGAGUUUUCUACCUCAUCAAGGUCCAUGUGGGAGGAAGUGAUUUCCUUCAUAUUUAUGUCUUCCAAAGCCCCCACCUGGAGGAUAAAGUAGAGAUCAUACUGAAGAGAGUAGAACAGCACAAAGAUGAAGAUCCUCUUGAUCCCAUCAGACCCUACCACUAA